CUGGCGGUUCUGAAAAGUCGGAUCGGCGGCGACCCAGUGGGACUCUGGAAGAUCUGACCAAUAUCGGCCUCACUGAAUUUCCAUGGAAUCUGAGAAUCCAUCUCUCGCCCUGACCGUGAUGUCCCAGACUGAGAGGAAGACUUGCUAGAUAGGCUUUAUUGCACUGACUCGUUUGCUGUUAUUCUGUGUGUUUCUUGAUCGUUCACUACGGGGGGCUGUAUGAGGAACCCACCUGAUACACAGACCGACACUUUUCUGUUUGGUAGGUCAUCGUCUGUGCCAAUACCCCGGGCUGGAAAUACCUCAAGACACUAGGGUAAGGCAACUCAAGAGGAACAAUGGGCCAAGUGGCUCGGAAUGGGUCAGCCAAGAAGCCACGUGGCAUCUCCAAACUGAAGAUAUUUAUCUUCGCUCUAUCGUACGCCUACGUUGCCAAGACCCUGGCCUAUGCCUACUCGGAAAGCAUCAUCACCCAGAUAGAGAGAAGGUUCAACAUCCCGUCCUCCACCAUCGGCAUCAUCAAUGGCAGCUUCACCAUCGGGAACGUGCUGGUAAUUGCCUUUGUGAGCUACUUCGGUGCCAAACUACAUCGACCCAAAGUAAUUGGGCUGGGGUGCUUGAUCAUGUCCCUUGGGAGUGGUCUGGCGGCGUUACCCCACUUGCUGAUGCCGAGAUAUGAAUAUGAGAGCACAGUCUCGACAACAAGCAACUCCACAAGUCGGGUCCCUCUCUGUCUGGCCAACCAGAGUCUCUCACACAACGUGGAGCUCCCAGGAGAGUGUCUGGGCGGCUCCAUGUCCCUGAUGUGGAUCUUUGUGCUGGUGGGAAAUCUCCUGAAGGGAAUCGGGGAGACCCCAGUAGAACCAUUGGGCCUCUCAUAUGUGGACGAGUUCUCAAAAAAAGAAAAUUCUCCCUUCUAUAUUGGGAUAAUACAGACCAUAUCGAUUGUGGGGCCACUCCUGGGGUACCUACUGGCGGCUCUCUGUGCCCAGCUCUAUGUGGAUAUUGGAUCAAUAAACUUGGAUGACGUCACAAUCGCACAAACAGAUAUCCGGUGGGUUGGCGCAUGGUGGAUUGGGUUUUUUGCCAGCUCAGGGGCAUGUUUCUUGGCCACUCUACUCUUUUGGUUCCUGCCAAAAUCUCUGCCCAGGGAGGGAGGGGAAAGGGAUACAGAACCCAGUGAGACCCUCACCCUGGCAACGGAGGAACAGAAGGGGCAAAACACCAGCAAUGAACAAGCCCCCGGGCUGAGUGAAUUCCUGCGAAUGAUUAAAAGUCUGUUCCGAAAUAAAAUCUACAUGCUGUUCAUGAUCGUCACGGUUCUGCAGUUUAACGCAUUCUCCGGCUACUUCUCCUUCCUGCCCAAGUUUGUGGAGCAGCAGUACGGCAAAUCCCCGUCGGAGGCCAUCUUUCUGAUUGGCGUGUACAACCUGCCCAUAAUAAGCCUGGGGUACUUCCUGGGCGGAUACUACAUGAAGAGGUUUAACGUUUCCACCUAUCGGGCGGCUCAGAUCGGAUUCAUCUCUGAAAUCAUGACGUUUUCCAUUAAUUUCUCGGUGUUUGUAAUGGGCUGCAAGAAUUCACCAGUGAUGGAUCUCACCGUGUUGUAUGAUGGCACUGAUCACAUUUCCUACCUGAACAACUUUACGUCCAGCUGCAACAGCCCCUGCGACUGCCCGUGGGACGUGUGGGACCCGGUGUGCGGGGAUAACGGCCUGGUCUAUAUUUCGGCUUGUCACGCCGGCUGUACGGCAUCUGUAGGGGAGGGGCAAAACACAAUCUUCCAGAACUGCAGCUGUGUGUUGGCCUCACCCUUCCCAUCCAAUGGCAGCGCCACGCUGGGCCAGUGCCCCCGGGAGGAGACAUGUGACUCCAUGCUCAUAUACUUCAUGGUCAUGUCUUUCAUCUGCUGUCUGAUCUUCUCCUUCGGAGCCAUGCCGGCGUAUAUGGUGCUGAUCCGGAGCCUGAAACCUGAAGAAAAGUCAUUGGGACUCGGCCUCCAUCUACUGGCAGCACGGACUGUUGGUGGGAUCCCUUCCUUAGUUUCCUUUGGAGUAUUAGUGGAUUCCACGUGUCUGAAAUGGGGGGUUCUGGAAUGCGGGGAGCCCGGGGCUUGCCGUAUUUACGACACUGAUCUAUUCAGGUACCUGUUCAACGGGAUCCAGUGCGUCAUACGGAUGUCUUCCUACGUCCCCUGCAUUUUCAUCCUCCUCAGCCUGAAACGAGAGCAAGCUCAGCGGGACAGCGCCCCUCCCCCCGCUGGAAGGGCAGAAACACAAGAGAAGUGA